UCAUUUCCCUGCUCGAAUCUCCAGUUAGCAUGUUCUCAAUUCCCCUUUAGCUACGCUGCUUUUGCUCAUUUAUCCCACUAUCAGCUGUGAGAGGGGGAUGGGGAGCGAUGGAAUAAGUGUGUGGGGGAAGAAACUUUGCAUCUGUAGUCCCCGCGGGGCACAGCGCCUGGCAGCUUCAGGGACGGACCUGUCAGCGGUGAGACGUCCCACCUCGUGCAUGCACCAGUGGUCUCCAGCACUGCAUGAGAAAGGUUGGUGUUACUUUGCUGAAGCGACAGAGGCAGGCCCUGAGUCGGAGGUGAAGAGAGCAGGAUAGGAGUCCUCCCAGACAGCAGGGAGCAGAAGCAGGCAUGCAGGACUCCGCUUCGGACAUCAAGAUGGCCAAACAGGAACAGAACUCCAAGCAUCUGGAUGAACACAGAGAAACAGAUGACAUGUCUGAGAAGAUGUCCCCAAACAAAAACCUCAAAUCUCCCCAGAAAGGCUCCAAACGACUUAAAACCACUCCCUUCAAAGUGACCCUGCUGGACACCUCCGAGUACGAAGGAGAAAUUGAGAAACACUCCAAAGGACAGAUCCUGAUGGACAUGGUGUGUGAGCACCUCAACUUGCUGGAGAAAGACUACUUUGGGCUGACCUUUGCUGACACAGACACCCAGAAGAACUGGUUGGACCCCUCCAAGGAGAUCAAGAAGCAGAUGCGCAACUCUCCAUGGCACUUUGCCUUUGCUGUCAAGUUCUACCCUCCAGACCCCUCCCAGCUCACUGAGGAUAUUACCAGAUACUACCUGUGUCUGCAGCUGAGGGAUGACAUGCUGUCAGGUCGACUGCCGUGCUCGUUCGUCACUCACGCCCUCCUGGGCUCCUACUCCGUUCAAGCCGAACUGGGGGACUAUGACCACGACGACCAUGGCUCUGACUAUGUCAGCGAUUUCCGCUUUGCCCCCAAUCAGACUCGUGAGCUGGAGGAGAGGGUGAUGGAGCUCCAUCGAAACUACAAGGGGAUGACUCCAGCAGAGGCUGAAAUUAACUUCUUGGAGAAUGCAAAGAAACUGUCCAUGUAUGGUGUGGACCUCCAUCAUGCUAAGGACUCUGAAGGGAUUGACAUAAUGUUGGGUGUCUGUGCCAACGGCCUGCUGAUUUACCGCGACAGGCUGAGGAUCAACCGCUUUGCCUGGCCAAAGAUCCUCAAGAUCUCCUAUAAGAGGAGCAACUUCUACAUUAAGAUACGACCUGGAGAGUAUGAGCAGUUUGAAAGUACAAUCGGCUUUAAGCUUCCCAACCACAGAGCUGCCAAGAAACUGUGGAAGGUCUGCAUUGAGCACCACACCUUUUUCCGGCUGGUUUCUCCAGAGCCUCCUCCUAAGGGCUUUUUGGUGAUGGGUUCAAAGUUUCGAUACAGUGGAAGGACACAGGCUCAGACCAGACAGGCCAGCGCUCUUAUAGACCGACCGGCUCCGCACUUCGAACGCUCCACCAGCAAGAGGUACCUGCUGUCCAGGAGCUUGGAUGGAGCAGAGUUCUCACGACCGGUGUCAGCCAUGUGCGAGAACCAUGAUGGCAUAUCCCGCCGCAGCGUCAGUGAACAGCGUCGCCUCCGCAGUCCCUCUGUGGACGAGCAGGAGACCGAGCUGGAGCCCAGUUUGGAGCAGGACGAGGAGGACAAGGACCAAGAGCAGGGCCAGGACACGGAUGACGGCAAUGUCACUCCAAGCAGAAAGAAAGAGAUCAUGGAGGAGGCUGGGUCACCAGUUGACAGUAAACAGGAGCUCUCUCAGUUGGACCAGGAGGCCACGCCUCGGCACCAACAGGAGUUUCUGGAUAAGUCUCAGGACUUCUUGCUGAAGCACCAGGCCAGCAUCAACGAGCUGAAGAGAACCCUGAGGGAGCCCAACAGCAAGCUGAUGAACCGCGAGAAGCGUCUGUCAGCCUCCUCCCCGACAGGCACACCAGAGAAGAAGGCUUUGGUGGGCCGAGCAGUGGGAAAGGACCCUGUUAACAGCCUGUCUGUUGAGGGUUUCGUCCAGAAGACUCUGGUGACUUCACCUGAGGGCUCUGAGGAGUGGGUAUUGAUUGAAAAACAAGAAACUUAUCAACAGGACCAUGACUGGAAGGCAGAAGAAAAGAACAAAUCUCUGUCAUCUGAUUCCUCAUGGGAGAAAAAGGAGCUGGACAAAGAGAUAGACAUUGCCAAGAUGAUACAUAAAGAGGUAACAGGGUAUGACAGGAAAGAAAUGAAAAGCCAUAUUGAUGAAUUUCGAUCAACAAAAUCGUCCAGAGAGGCAGAUGUAUGCUCUGAGCCUCGACCAGCGAACAAAAGUCGUUUUGUGAUUCAGUUAUCGGAGAAUGCGGACUUGCUUCAAGACAAAUCUCAAAGUAAACCAUCUGAAGCCUCAGACCCUCAGGCAAACAAUGAUGUGGCCCUGGGCUCGUGCCAGAUAAAGGAACGCACAGCUUCUAAACCGAGAAAAAAGAGGAGACCCCAGAGCUUAAACCUGGGAAUGCCUGCAGAGCUCAUCUACAGGAAAGGAGACAGUGAUUCUACUGGAGAAGAAAAUGAGGGCUCAGAUUCAGACAACAGUCCAGAAAAUACCUCUAAAACAGGAAAUGACUGUGAGUCAUCCUGGUUGGUGAUGAUGAAAGAUGAUCAGGGAUCAGGAAAAGAUCAGUCUGUCAGGGUCUAUACAGACAACAAACAAGAGGAUAUAUCAAUAGGAGAAAGCAGGGAGGUCUCCAAUGAAGGAGCAGAGCAGGUAAAGAGGAAAGUGAGUCAGGUUUGGCCAGCUGAUAUCGACUUAGGCUCAGUGAACGGACCCGGAAAGGUAGAACAUGAUAGUUCAUUAGCAGGUGUUAAAGGGGAGUGUGUGAUGAAGGUGCGAGGGAAGGGCCUUAUUGACAACAAAGAGCUAGCUGAGGUGAAACUGCGACAGGUCAGGACACAUGAGAGGAAGAUCAGUAGUUCUGGGGGAGAGGAUAUUGAGGGUUUCAUUGGAGACAGAGGUCAGAGGACGUCUCUCCACCGACUGUCAGGCAGCAGCUACCAGUCGGAAAUCACCAGGAUCGUUCCUCUCAAGCCAGAGCGAUCAAAGAGCAUAGCGUGUAAGGAUGAAAGGGACAGGACAGGACAGGACGAGCCCACACGGGCCAUGAGAAGAGAGUACCGCUGGUCGGUCGGCUCUCCAGAGGGACCCUCGGACUUCAACUGGACGGAUGUCUCCACCCACCUUCCAGCAUUCACAGCAGAUCUGGAGGGUAUCGGUAAAACAGAACAUCCUGAUGAUAGCUAUCAGUCCAAUAGAGGACCUACAGAGAGUCAGUUGUUCAGCUCGAAGAUUUCAGCACUUCCCAAAAUGGUUCCCCCAGCCCCGCCAGUGAAAACACAGAAGGCCAGGGAGUCUGGACUAAUACUACGGAACAGCCGAAAUGCCGGCAGGGAGCCGAGCCUGGACGCAGCCAAGAAGAGACACUCGGAGCCUGUCUCUACUCCUGCCAUUUAUGAAGAGCCGUUUGCUGAUUUCAAGAAGGAGCUCGGGGACAGGAGGCCCCCACCGAUCAUAACCUCAGAGGAGGAGCAGGAGCGGGACACGGUGGCCUGCAUGAGGGAAACCCACCUGGGCAUCGAGCGCAAGUGCUCCAGCAUGACGGUGAGCUCCACGUCCAGCCUGGAGGCUGAGGUCGACUUCACCGUCAUCAUGGACCUCCACUCCAGCGUGGAUGACUUCUCUAAGGGCAUGUCGGAGCUGGGAGAGAGGGAGAGACAGCCCGAAGUUGGCCGGGAGGACUUUGAGGAGACCUCCAGGUUCUACUCAGCCCGUCUAAUGGGCUCCCGGGACAAGUCUCCCAUGGAGGAGAAGCUUCCUGAGGAGGGAACACAUCAUGAGCCUCCUGUGGCAAAGAAAGACCCCAGUGCUGUGAGCGUGGCCCAUAUGCUGAAGAGGUCCGACAGCAAGAUGGAGACACAUACGAAUGGAUCAGAGAUCCACCCCAACAUCAUGAAUGUCUCACCGAAGAACUAUGGAGUCGUCAGCCCGCGGGAGGCUCCUGCUGCCCUGAAAGAAAACGGCUCCCCGGUAAAAGCUGUCACCCAGGAGAGGGAGUCUGUUGUGUCCCCACUGACCAUCACCGCUGAGAGCGUCACCUCAGCAACCACAACUCAAGUUACCAAGACUGUGAAAGGGGGCUACUCAGAGACCAGGAUUGAGAAAAGGAUUAUAAUCACAGGAGACGAUGAUGUGGACCAGCAUCAGGCCCUCGCUAUGGCGAUCCAAGAGGCCAAACAGCAGCACCCCGACAUGCUGGUGACAAAAGCAGUGGUUAUCAGGGAAACAGAGUCUCCCACUGAGGAGCUGCAGCAGAGGGCAGAGUCCUGAUUGGUCAUGGUGGCUCCUGAGACGGGGGGACAGUACGCCACCAACCCGACAUGAGGACUAUCUACCCCGCCUGUGUACACACCAACACGAGAACAGACUGCGUUCCAUGAAGCAGUAGACCUCCACUCCUGUCCCUUUAGACAAACCAACUGUGACUCGGCCUCUCACCAGACCCGGCCUCCUGUCCUGUCCCGGCCCCGUCCCAGCCCUCCACCUCCUUAUGGAACAGGAACUGUCUUCUAUUGGAUGAUUUACCACUUGGUGGAGUGAUGCAAGAUUGAAAGUGAAACCCGGUCACAUCUUUUACUGUUUGAAUCCACCUCUGUAAGAGUCAUUUGAAACUUUACUUGCAUAUUAUUUAAGUAUUUAAUCAAAUACAUUUUGACUCCUUUAGACCCUGGGGGUCAUUUGUAUCAAAGAGUUUUCAACCCCAAACUCCCCCCAGCCCCAAUACCCUUUCCUCACAAAUUACGUCCCAAAUAUGGGCCCUGUGCUACUGUCACAUAUGAUAUGAAUACGAUAUAGGAGCAGGGGAGGGUUGAAUAAAAGGAUGGGGACCGUGCUGGUGGUGGAGGGGUGGGAAGGGGAGGUUGGUGCCAAUUGGCGUGAGGCAGCCUUUUGCUCGUUGUUGCCACCUCCUGGUUGUGACACCUUCAGUAUAAUCAACAGCUGUCUUAUUAGCUUUUUACAUUUUUAUCUAUAGAGGGUCUAAUUUAUGUCCUGUGUUCGCUUGUUUAUGAAAUAUGUAUAAUAUCAGAUGAUUAUAAUCUGCAUGAUUCAAUUACAAAAUAGCAGAGGGAAUGAAAAAAGUAAAAAAAUACACGGACAUGUCCACAUUUUAAAUCCAUGAGAAGCUCUGAGAUGAUGGGACUGAGCAUGUGUGGAGAAACUAAACACCACUGCGCCACUGAGCAGUGGACACACAGUGAUCUUGAUGGACUCUGCUGAAGAAGGACAGUUGUGUAACACUUCAGCUGGCACUCAGCUUUGGUCCCAGUCUCCAACGUACAAACAUUACUGUCCUCGUCCCGUUCCCCCCGCUCACUGUUACCGUUACCGUUACCGUUACCGUUACCGUUACCGUACCAUGUUGGUGUCAACUCGCCAUCUGCAUAAAGAAACGCUGGUCACAUGUUUUGGGCACAGUUAUAGGAUUUUUAGAGAAAUUUUAAUAUAAAUAAUGUUUUAUCUAAUAAGUUUCAGAAAUGUUUCCAUUUGUUUUUUCUUUGAUUUUACUGACUUCCAUCAUGAAACAGAGUUUAUUUGUUAUUCUUGUGUUUUAGGACGUUUCAGUCAUCAUGUGUGAACAUGCUGGAACCUCUCUCUGAAAGAGGUUUUUUUGUGCUGUUACUUUGCUCGAUGCUGCGUUCCACUGGAGAUCUUAAACAUCUCACCAAAGUUAGAAACAAGUUUGACUUUGUGAAGAUGUGAUGCAAUCAAGAGAAAUACAUAGAACUGGGGAAUGAGUCUUUGGUUAUUAACAAUCUUGACAAUAAUCAAUAUCAGCAUCAUAUCCAUUCCUAGAACCUGAUAGCAUAGAUAUGAUAGAUUUUUUUGACAGUGCAAGAAGCUGUAAACAUUGAUAUAUUAUAAUGGCAGAUGUGUUAGCAUACAGUUGUCUGUUUAAACAUUCAGCAGACACGGAACAACAUUAGUAUUCAAGGAUGGAGUCAUGUUUCCUUCCACCUGGUGAAUGUAAGUCCAAUAUUCACUCUUUUCAGGGAAAUAUUUAGCUGCUAAAUUCUCCACUAUGUCCAUCACUAUGUUGCUAACUUUGUCUGCAGUGUGGUGCUGACUAGAGUGACCCAAACCAGUAAAGUUGCGGGCCAUAAAAAAAACCAAAACAAUGCGCUCAAGGUAGUGUUUAAGCCUCUUAGGCUAAGUGCUGAGGGAAACCACAGCGUCAGGUGGUAGCUCACUCUGAGUUCGUUGCCAACAGCAACACCUUUCACAUUAUACAAAGUCAUAUGAUUCAUUUGAAUUGUAAAAUAUUUAUCAUAGCAGCUUCAAUCAGCAAGCGAUGUUAGAUUUUCCACUUUUGAAUAAUAUGUGCAUGUUCACAAACACUGCCUGAAAAGUUCAAAACCACAAGAUUAACAUGGGUACUGUUUUGUUUUCUGUUGGAUUAACUCUUUUCAUUUUUUAUGGUGUAUGAGUUUGUAAUUGUAUUUAUAGGAGUGGUGAAUGUGAGGCCUGUGCUUUUCCUCCCCGAUCCCCUUCACAGACAAAGCCGAGACUCAUAGUGUGACACCCAUGAAGCGCCGUCUACCCACAGAAACGUUGGCUGUCACGUAACAUAUAUCCUGGAUGACCUUUAAUACUAUACUAUGCAUCACUUAUCAUACGUACGAAUCCCUCUGAUGGAGCCUGACCCAUGUUAGACGUGUUGCCGUCAUUGUUAACUUUGUGCUACUGUUCACUGAAGCAGUGAAGCGCACUGCUUGUGAGAUUUGCAAUAAGCAGCCAUUAUUCUUAUCCUCUGUCCUCUAAAGGGAGAAAACUGUGAACUCUCAUGCGUACCGAAUCUUAACCAAAACCUAUAACACAGAGUUAUUGAUAUUCAAAGUUGCUUAUCCAACACUUGUGACCAUGGCUUUGUCGCCCUCGUCGUCUAACCCUCCCAUCCCCUGACUUGAAACUGUCGACCUGCUGUUAAUGUGUCUGAGGAAACAAGAGAUUCCCAAACUGAUUAUUUGUAUAUUCUAUUUUGCUCUGUUUUAUGUUUUUUUUUUGGUCAUAUGACACUGGACUGUUGUGAAGGCACUUGCUUGCAGUGAUAGCAGCUCAUAUACUGUACACUGUUGGGAAAAAUGACCUGUCUUUGCUGACACACUACUGAUGGAAGAGGAACGACUGUAGGCAUCGGGAGAGAAGCUGUGUGCUGUGGGUGAGGUGGUGAGUUGAAGGAUGGAGGGGCUGUAUUUAUAUAUAAAAUCUCCAUACUACUGUGUAUUAUCUUGUAAACUAUGUAGAAAUUAAGAAGAGCCAGGAAUGUGUUUUUAAGUUCAAGGGAUGAGGCAGUAAGUAUAAUCCGAAGGACGGCAGUGCCAUGAAUGGGUGCCUUAUGUUUGGAGUGGUGGGUUAUGGGAGCAGGAGCUAUCAGUGCUCUGCUGAAAGUGCUGUUAAUCACCACAAGGCAGAUGUAAAAACGACCUCUCCUAUCAGUCCAAGGUGAAGAGGAGCUGUCAUGGAAGUGAAUUACUGUCUUGUAAAGAAUGUGACAUUGAGUGUAUUGACAAACGAAGUGUCUCUGAAUCCGGACUGUUGGUCCUCAGCAAGAUGAAAACAUUAAUUGGCCCCAUUAUCGUAGAAAAAAAACAGCAUAGUACAGAUUAUAGAUAUGAGCUUUUUUUUUUUCUCCGUGAAGAGCAUCAAACUGCUCCCUGUUUAGCCUCCACCUUCAAUUCUCCACUGCCUUUUGCUCUACAUUCCCCUAGUGCUUGGUGGUGUGUAUUUGCUGUAUUUGCAUUCAGUCUAAAUGGAAAACAUACAUGCAUAAAUAAAUGUCUCAGUAUGAUUCAAACACUGUCUCUGAUUCUGAAAAGAGGGGAGAGGGAUUUCACUUUGACUUCUAUAAUGAAGAAGAGAAACUUGGGAAAAUGUAUUCUUGUUUUUACUUAUUGAUGUGGCUUUUUCAUACAUAAAUAAUUCAUCAUAUGUAAUAAACAGUUGUUUUUUGUAAUAUA